AUGCCUACUUUCUUCAUUUCAGAUGUCGCAGCACCUCAGAGAGCAGAAACUGCAGCAGUUACUGUGUCAGAUGAAUCUACUGGUUCCAUUCCUCCAUAUAUGACAGGAAUUCCCCGUAUGCAGGGUCCAGCAGCCAGUGAACCUCAAAUUCUAAGAGAAGAUGAUAAUAUUGCCCUACAACGAUUGCUUGAAAGGCAACAACGAGAAAUUAAGGCCUUACAGCUACACCACAUGGCAGAACUAGAGUACUUCAAACGUGUGCGGUGUUCUCGUGUGGAUGAUUACCCACAAGCAAGAGAUCCAAUGGUGUUCUAUCAGCUACACCCAGUGUAUCCCCCAAGGCGAGCUGCUAGAAAUUUGGAUGAUUUCUACUACAGCACAGCUCCACAAUCUCCGGUUGACUCUGAUUAUCAUGAACAUCAACUUUCUUCUCCAGUUACGAUGAGCCCUCCUAUUUUAGAAUUUCCAAGUCAUCGAAGGCAUGAUUUACAUGCUCAUCAUGGCCCCCUUUAUAAACCUGUUGGUGUAAGAGCAGACACAGCCCAAAGCUCAUCACGUAUUACACCCCAAGGUAGCCCAGUCUCACAUACAAAUCCACUUCUUGUUACUGGUCGUAAUUUCCACCCUGUUAAUUUAUCAGAGGCUGGUGGUGUUUAUUUUACAAUUGGUGAUCAUGUUAGUGAUAGUACUCAAACUGAAAGUGCUUCAGGGUUUACACAUGAACAUGGUGAACUGCAACAGUGUUAUGUGGACUCUGGACAUUAUUGGGUUCCUGUGGAUAAUACACAGUCAUCUUCAGGCCAGGCUUUCCAAAUCCAGACAGGAUUGGGAAUAGGGCUUCCAGGAUUCAGGAGAGUGUCUUCUGCUUCUGGAAAUCUUCUUCACUUGGCACAUGGCCCACCUCAGCUAAUUUCUGCAGUAGGUCCUACUGGUUACUAUUUCCAGCCUGCCCCAACACCUUUACUCAGAGCAGGGAUGAGUAUUUCACAAGGAACUCAGCGACGGGGAUCUCUUGAAGAGUCUUUACAAUCUGGAUCACCAACUUUCCUCCAUUCCACACCAUCAAGCUCUGUCAGUUCAAGUCCAAAGUUUUUUCACACCCAUGUAACUGAAGAUAAGCACGACCCUCACCUAAGGUUUGAAGAUACCUUUUAGCAUACAGAUUAAGCCAUAUUUUCGAUAUUAAUUGGCUGACACAAAUGACUGCUCAUUUACUGAAGUUGACUGAAUUUAGAAAUAAUAUUCAGUGUGAGUUAGUCAUAAAUUCCUAAAGUAAAUUACUUUAUAUUAAAUUUUCAGUAGCUCUACUGCGCAUGGGUAGAGUGUGUACACAUUGCAGAU